CAGGAGUGCGGAGAAGAGCUCGCCGAACGCGAGCAGCGGAAGGCCGAAGUGUGCCAGCGCAAGAGCCUCGCGAACGGGUGCAGAAGGAGCUCGCCGUGACACGAUGCCGGGCGGUGGUGGUGCUCUGGCGGCUGUGCACAGUGGGAAACGUCAGGCUGCAACAGGGCAGCACGAUGGUCGUGCCCCGCUGCAGCCUGGCCUGACAUGCACAGGGCGAACAGAGACGGGACUAUCGCCUGGCGCUCGUCUGGGCAAACUUUGACCGCCGCCCGGCUCGCAACGAGCACGCAGCGACAAAAUGUUGACUGUACGGAAGUUGAGGCUGGUCGAGAGGAAAAGGCUGCCGUGCGAGCCGGCAGCAGGCCGGCUCGGCGUGGACAGCCGGCGGCGACUUUUUGCCGAAGAGCGUGCCUGCCGAAGAGCGAGUCUGACUCAAAGUGCACGGAGUGGGCGCCGCCGACCGUCGGGAGGAGUCCGAUGGGUGCCAGGACGAUCCAGAGAGCGAUGAAGGCGCAAAUUGCGCCGCCGAAAGUGGCGGUAGAGGCCAGGCCGUGCGCGUGGGCCGGUCGGGCCACGUCCCGGGGCGAGCGAUCGAGGGCCGCGGGGCUCGCCCCGCCGGCCGAGCGGUGCGAACGGCCGGUCGCCCGCUUCGGGUUGGACCCGCCGGGCGGUCCGGCGGCGGAUUGCAUGGCCGGGCGGGCCUCCGGGAGGUAGGCGGGGCCGUGACAGGGGCAGGGCAGAAAAUCCCAUUCGGAGAGCGUGUGGCGCGACCCCUCUGCUACUUUCAAUGAUAGGGACGUUCGAGAGC